CCAUUCCUUCUUUACCGAGCAAAGCUUCUGUGGUUUGCCGCGCCGCCGCCGCCCAAUCUGUUUCGCCUUCGCCUUCCCUCUCGCUCGUGUGGCUAUUCUCCUCCGAUGGUCCUCUCGAACAAGAAGCUCAAGAAGAAGCUGAGAGACCUCCUUGCGGAGUCCCAGUCGAGCGCCACAGAGAGCGCCGCCCCGGGCGAGGACGUCAGCCAGGAGUUGCAGACCAUCAAGAGUGUCUUAAGCUCCAAGUCCAAGAAGCGACCCAAGCGGCGGAAGAAGCCCUCCCAAAGAGCCGAGGAGGGCGACGAAAACAACGAUGCGGGCCCUCCACCCGGUGAUUCGAAUGAGCAGCAGAAGAGCAGGAAAAGGAAAAGAGAUGGGGGUGGCGGUGGUGUCGCGGAGGAGUCCGUAGAGAACGGCCAAGAGGGGAGCGCAAGAAAGAAGAGAAAGGAAAGGAAGAAGGAGAGGCGGAAGAAGGACCAGGAGCAUAACAAAGGCCACGGGGAGGAACGUGAGACCGCAGACGUGGACUGCGGCGAGAAAGGGACAGUGGAGGCGAGCAACCUCGAGCAGAGUGGACAUAAUGCGAAGAAGGUUUAUGUUGGUGGCAUACCCUAUUACUCGUCUGAGGAUGAUAUCAGGAGCUUCUUUGAGGGCUGUGGUACUGUGACCGAGAUGGACUGCAUGACAUUUCCUGAGAGCGGAAAGUUCAGGGGCAUCGCCAUCCUCACUUUCAAGACCGAAGCUGCCGCAAAAAGGGCUCUAGCUCUUGAUGGUGCUGAUAUGGGUGGAUUUUAUUUAAAGAUACAACCUUACAAGUCCAAUCGCCUUCAUAAAUCAGAGUUUGCACCCGAAAUUGUUGCAGGCUAUAAUAGAAUUUACAUAGGGAACCUUGCAUGGGAUAUAACAGAAGAUGACUUGAGAAAGCUCUUCUCUGAUUGCAAAGUCACAUCCAUCCGAUUUGGUACAGAAAAGGCCACAGGCGAUUUUAAAGGCUAUGCACAUGUUGACUUUGCUGAUAAUGCCUCCUUGACUGUCGCAUUGAAGCUUGAUCAGAAGGUUGUCUGUGAGAGGCCUGUUAGAAUCAGAUGUGCAGUUCCAAAGAAGGAAGUUGAAUCAAAGUCAAGCUCAAAGCCUAUCCUCAAGAAAGAUAAGGAUAGCAAGAUUGCUGGAAGUACAAAAAAGAAACGACGAACAUGCUAUGUAUGUGGUGUUCCUGGCCAUCUGUCUUCUUCUUGCCCAAAGAAAAGUGCAUCUGCAGGCGUUGAGGAAUAAGUGAUGGAUAAGUAGAUCCAUUAAUCACCAUUUUUGUGAAUGCUAGUUUGGACUUGUGCACUGAAUUGCUCUGCAGAGGUUUUCUGAUUUGAGGUAAAUAUUCCUGUAGGAUGUGUUUACCAGAAUGUUGUCAGCACCAGAAGCUCAUUGCUAUAGUUUCACAUUCAGCUAACCUGCUUCCAGCCAUAGCAGAAGAGCUACCAAAAAUGUUCAGUACAAAAAGGUUCAACUUGUCAAAGCUGUCCACUGUCAAUCUAGGUGAGUUGACUUGCAAACACAACUCUUUAACAGUGUCUCCUCGGAGACUGGAAUUGAGGAAGAGGAACAUGUCAAUCUAGGUGAGUUGACUUUUGGAUAAGUGUAUCCAGCUGACCAUCCUAGCAGAGUUGGUUAGAUAUAUUACCUUCGCAAAUGUUUAUUACCUUUGCAAAUGUUUUCCAUAUUGUUUUCCCUUCUCUCCUUUUACUUGUUAAGCAAGACAGAUGUCUGAUGAUUGGUAGCAAAAAAUUUAGAGGUUUUCCUUUCA